UAUGUUUGGUUGCCUACAUUGAAUUAGAUCAAUAGGUAUUAAGUAACGUGAUUAUUACCUACUCGCAUGCUCUACAAGUAAAACAUUUCUACGCGUGAAAAUGUUGCGUUUCAAACUUGAUUCCACCUUCGCCGCCUUCGAUAAAUACGUGUCCUGCAUUCGGCACCACUAUGGAGGGGUGACAUCGCCGAAUUUCGCGCUGCUGCACCGGCAAAGCACCCACAAUCUGCGGGAAAGCGAAACUAACCUCAACAAUUCCAGUCAUGUGCACCGUGUGCCAUCAUCAAAUUCAAAUUUGAAUCUCGCCUACCAUCGAACAAUGCCAAAGAACCGCGUGAGAUAUGUUACCACUGGUCAGGUAUGGUCUUUCCACGACCUUUUAGGACAACUAGCACAAGAUCACAACCUGGCAAAUAAUGAAACAGUACAAUUCGUUGAAGUUCAAAAGUUCUUCGCAGUGCAAAGAAGAAGAAAGAAAAAAGAAAAUUUCAUCAAACAAUGGCACAGCUUUCAUGACAAGUAAAGUCCUAACACAACAACAAAUUGCUCAAUAUUCUACAAUAAGUAAUAAACCAGCAGAAGGAGUAAAUUCAGUCCUAACUGAGACAAUAUUAUCAGAAACUCAGCUGAGAGGCAGAAAUUCACCAGCGAAAGAUGAUAAAAACAUACUGAAAAUAUUCCCACAACCAAAAUACUCCAUGAAUCACGUGUACAUCACACUGGCGAAACAUUUCGCUGAUAAUUCCUAUCAAGUUAGCCCAAAAUUCAAAUCAAUCAAACAAAAAUCACCGCAAAAUCUCUGGGAGUGUACUUAUUCAGUAAAAUGGCCGACGUCUUUGCAAUUUACCGCAAUUGCAUCCACAAAACAAGAUGCCUCACACAAAGCAUGCAUGGAAGGAUUAAAAUACCUCUACAGUAACAAACAUAUCACAAAUAAAAACCUGCCUAUUAUUCCCGGUCAGGAGGAAGAGGCGAAAAGAGAACGCGCACGAAUAGAUCCUUUGGUUUUAAAACGCGAAGUUAUUGAUGCAAUGCAGGGGAUUGUGCAAGAUUAUGAAGAGAAAAUGUUGCAACACUUGCAAGUUGAGAGUAGUACUGAUGCAGAGACAAGCCGGGAAGCACUGGAGACUUCCGAGGAAGUGUGGCCGGUUUAUCAAGAGCAGAGGACACCGAAAUUUCGCGGGUUGGAGUUUUAUACGUGUAGGGAAGGCAAAAUUUUACCUAUUAGUGAAUUUAAAGAACACAUAAUAAAAACAAUAAACUCCAACCGUGUGGUAAUAAUCAAAGGUGAACCAGGUUGCGGCAAGUCCACACGUGUCCCACAAUACAUCCUCGAAGGCUGGGCGCGCGAUUUCCACGCCGGAAACACCAACACCAACAAAAACUGCCGAAUCAUCGUAACACAACCACGCCGUAUAGCCGCCAUCUCCCUAGCGGAAAGAGUCGCCUCCGAGCGGGCGGAACUCUCCGGCGGGACAAUCGGCUACCAAGUGCGUUUAAAAUCAAACUUCAACCGAAACACCGGAAAGGUUCUCUACUGCACCACGGGCAUCCUACUGCGACGCCUACAGACUGAUCCAAGUUUAUCAGACUGCACACAUGUAGUCCUCGACGAAGCACAUGAACGCGACGUCAAUACCGACCUACUACUAAACCUACUCAAAGGCGCAAUGGAAAACCCUAAUUUGAAACUACUAGUCAUGAGCGCGACGAUAGACGCCGAAGUCUUCCAGGAAUACUACAGCUCAAACGAAGAAAACGAUAAAACAUUCAAUGCUGAAGUUAUACACGUGCCUGGCUUCACAUUCCCAGUGAAAACUCACUUUUUAGAUGGACAUGAAUUGAAACAAAGUGGUUUAUCACUCGAGAAUACUCUAGAAAUGUCCAAAGGUGAAGGACCUACUGUAGUCUACGAAGACGUGGUGAAACUACUUAAAUAUAUACAUAAAAACCGCCCGGAGGGUGCAAUACUUGUCUUCCUCCCCGGCUGGGAUGAUAUUCUACGCGUAAAGAAACUCCUACCUGAAUCCAGCAGCCAUGUUGAAGUCCUCUGUCUGCACUCACGCAUGCCCGAUAGCGAACAGAAGAUGAUCUUCCAUAAAUUCCCUCCUGGCGUGCGGAAAAUCAUCCUGGCGACCAACAUUGCUGAAACAUCAGUGACAAUCGAUGAUAUAGGUUAUGUUGUUGACUGUGGCAUACAAAAAGAGAAUAGAUUUGAUGUGGAGAAAGGUAUUAGCAUCAUAGACAAUCAUUGGAUAUCGAAAGCAAGCAUGGCGCAGCGUAAAGGACGCGCUGGUCGUGUCCAAGCAGGCGAAGCUUUUCUUUUAUACCCGGAAACAAAGUUUAAAGAUUUCCACGAUUACUCUCUACCUGAAAUUCAACGCACUUCUCUUACAAAAAUUGUUCUGGAUAGUAAAGUUUACAGCAACAAUAUGAAAGCGGCUGAGUUCUUAGGACAAUUAAUAACACCACCUGAGGAAACCGCCAUUGAUUGCGCAGUUGAUGAAUUAGUCGAGUUGGAAUUAUUAGACGAAGCUGAAAAUUUAACUCCUUUAGGAAGAGUUAUAAGUGAUUUUCAGCUAGAACCGAAAUUGGCGAAGGCGUUGGUCAAUUCGGUGAUUUAUAAAUGUGUCACACCGAUUGUGGAUAUUGUUACGUUGUUCUCCGCAGAGAUGGAGGUCUUUGGCGGUGGAUUAAUGGAACGCGAGAAAGUUAACAAAUGCAAACGCGAUUUUUCUUCGUCCAGUGAUCAUCUAUCAAUGAUGCGACUGUUUGAGCAAUGGUUGGACUACGUGGAGAAUGAUAAUCAGUAUCAGGCGGAAUCAUUCUGUAGAAGGCAUAAUAUUCUGGAUUAUAAACUGCGCACAUUACAACAAUUGCGUAAUAUUCACUUUGACUAUUUGCACAAAGGAUUACACGAUUGCCUGCCACUGUCUGAUGAUUUUUCCGACAGUGAUGAACUAGUGAAAGCUGUGCUUCUGUCCGGAGUAGGCACAAUCCUUCAACAUCGUGAUCAUGACUUUGUCAAAGGCAAACUCAAGAAAAAACAUGUCUUACUCACGAGGCAUAAUCAUAAAGCUACGAUAUCCUCGGACAGUGUAAACACAAGACGCGGUGUUUUCCCGACCAAUUAUUUGCUGUACAUCAACGAAACACGCUCGAAUGUUCGACGGAUGACUGUCAUCCGAGAAACUAGUCUCAUCACACCUCUAACUGUUCUGUUGUUUAAAAAUCACGAUAUUAUAAUUGAACCCAUCAGAGAUGCUCUCGAUGGAAACCAGGAAAACAUGGCGGAUCCUGUGAUUGUGCGCCUCGAAGGUACAAAGUUUUCGUUUCUAACCGAACGCGAACACGCUGUGUUGUUACAAAAGUGCAAAUCGGCUGUUACUGCAGGUGUUGAUUACUAUGUUUAUCAGUUAACGAAAGGCGCCGAGUACGAUCGCGAGGUUAACCGCAUUUGGGACGGUAUGCUAAGCAAACUCAACUCUUGUUUGAAAAUGGAAGCACUGCGCAUUGCUUUCUAACCUGUUCCAAUAUUUCUAGUUCAUUAUUAGUUUAUUUUUUUCCGCGUAAGUGCAAAUCAUUGUGAUAUUUAAGUUUUCGUUGUCCAAAUGGAAGAUAAUUUAUUUUGUGAAUAUUUUGUGAAUAUCACUUUGAUAAAAAGAGAAAAUGAAGGUUUUUUGUAUUUAACAUAAAAUAGAAUUCAUUUCGUUACACGUA